AUGGCGCCAAUGUCCAGACACUCUAUUUCAGGCAGAUCAGCACAGCCCACCCCGAAAUCAUCCAUGAAGCAGUCGCGUAGAAUCGCGGAGUCCCCCGAAGAGCCUCCUUUGAAGAAGCGCAGGUAUGUGCCUGGCGGGCCGGGAGGUGGUGGACGAUUCAUCGAUUUCGACGGCGCCGAAGUGGAAGAGAUGACUCCCCCAAAGAAGACUAAUGGCACACCAAGACGGACCUCCACAAGCGCACGAGGUCGCCCCCCGCGCGAUAUCGACCAUCCAAUUCAUGCCCCUCCACCGCCGCCUAUUGUUCCAACAACACCGCCGUCUGUGACGCGUCCCCGGCGAGACAAGAGCCAGAAUCGCGGUCGCUUUACCUCAUCAACAGCCGCUGCGCUUGCCCUACAACAGGGCGAUGGAUACAAACCACGAGAGGAGAGAGGAUGGGAGGAGUUUCAUCCCGAUUUAGACAUCGAUGGCAGACUCGCUGUCUUCACAGCCGAGGAGGUGGAUACAGUUGACCCUGCUGCCAACCAGCUGACAUUGGAGGCGCUGACUGGCAUUUCUGGCUUUGAUGGUUCUGGAUCACCUAUGCUACUUUCCCCUGACAUCGCAUCACCCGUUCCAUUCAAGCGCAGGCCCGGGCGCCCGCCGCGCCGUCCAGAAGCUAUCCUAAAUGCUCUUCUCGCACAACAAGGGCCGAAGGUGAUCCCACCUCCGGGUCCCAACCCACGGGAAAAAUUGACGCUACCUAAGCCGGCGUUCAGGUUACAAGAUCCCUUUACAUUUUAUGAGAAGAAGGGCGUCGGCCAACAGAACUAUGUCGAUCGAACCAUGGCCAGUGUCGGAUACCAAGAAAGCGACUUGUUUCUGCGCCAUGACCGGCGUUUCAUUCGCAUGACGGAAGGCGCACAAGAAGAUGACAUGGAUGUCAUCCAGCCCGUUGUGUCGGAGGGCGAUGUCAACGCGACAAGUGGAAGAGUGGAAUACGAUAUGGACGAACAGGAUGAGAAAUGGCUGGAUGAUCAUAACUCCAAGCGUAGAGAUGAUCAGCUUGAGCCCAUCAAGCCUGCCAUUUUCGAAAUAACUAUGACCAAAAUCGAAAAAGAAUGGCAUGCACUUGAGAAGCGGAUCCCCAAGCCAAACCCCAAACCUCCACAAACACAGCGUCCUCGCUCCAGCUCUGCUGCUGCCGUGAAUGGAGAGACUGCUGGCCCUGGGGAAGAGCAAGACAGCAAGUGUGCUAUCUGUGAUGAUGGUGACUGCGAGAACUCUAAUGCGAUUGUCUUUUGUGAUGGUUGUGACCUGGCUGUUCAUCAAGAAUGUUAUGGCGUUCCUUUCAUCCCCGAGGGACAGUGGCUUUGUCGCAAGUGCCAGUUGCUGGGGCGAGGCACCACCAACUGUAUCUUCUGCCCUAACACCGAGGGUGCAUUCAAACAAACUACCUCUUCUAAAUGGGCGCAUCUGCUGUGUUCAAUUUGGAUUCCUGAGGUUUCAAUUGGAAACCCGUCGCUCAUGGAGCCGGUCACAGAUGUUGAAAAGGUGCCACGCAGUCGGUGGAAGUUGAUGUGUUACAUCUGCAAGCAGAAAAUGGGUGCUUCGAUUCAAUGUAGCAACAAAAACUGUUUUGUCGCAUUCCAUGUGUCCUGUGCACGCCGAGCGCAACUGUACCUGAAGAUGAAGAUUGGCCAUGGACUGAUGGACUCACAUCUCCUGAAGGCCUUUUGUGACAAGCAUGUGCCGCCAGACUGGCGAUUAGAGCAUGGCACUGAUGCCGCCACUGCCGAUGCGAUCGAAUACUACCGCAAUACCAUGUCAGGUAAACGGUGGGGAGACAGCCAGGCCGCGGCGCUCUCUAUGGGACCCGCGCUUGCCGAGGAUGCAGAAGGAGAAAGGACCCAUACUCCCCGCAUUACCUUGACAGUUGGUGGCAACAAGCGAAAACGUGUCCCAAGAACGAUCUGGAAGCUACCUUCCGGGGCGCCAGUCAUCCCACAGGUUGUUCUGAAUUCGGUAGUGGCAUGCCUUGGGCGAUUCACUGUUCGUGGUCGGAAACAAUAUGCAGAGGAGGCAUGCAAGUACUGGACACUUAAGCGCGAGGCUCGUCGUGGAGCUGCCUUGCUCAAGAGACUCCAGCUUCAACUUGAGACCUUCUCCUCUAUGGAAAUGACACGACGAGACUAUGUGGCGAUGGGUGUCACCGGCCACAAACGGUUGCAGCGCCGCAUGGAGUUCGGCGAGCGGCUCUAUAAGGACCUUGACCACCUUCGAAUGCUGUGUGAUGAGGUGAAGAAGCGUGAGAGGGAGAAAUUGAAAGAUGCCGAGAUGCUUCGAAGCAUUGUCGACAUCGUCUACUUCCCUGUAUUCCCUUUGCUGUGGCCAAUAUUCGAGAAGGCACAAGUGCUUGAUGGAAAGGGGGUAUUUGCGGCGGGGCUGUCAUCGAUUCGUAAACGGCUCGAAGAGCGUUUCUAUCCAUCUGUGGCGUCUUUCUCUGCUGAUCUGGCGAGCCUUUUCACCUCGGAAAUUGGCGUAGGUCCUGCUGGUGAUACGGCAGAACUCCAAGCGCAGAUUAGUGGCCGUGCUCCUGAGCUUAGUCUGGAGCAACGAGAGAAGAGAAAGCUGGCCAAGCGAAUUAUUAAGUCCAUCCAGCCCCAGCUGGAAGAUGCGAUUCGCAAAGAGAGCGAGUUGAAUCGCAAACCUUAUGAGAAAGAGCUAAAGGAGCUGGAUGCGAUACUUGACCACAGCGUGAUGUCUCGCCGAGGGGAGUCCUUCGAGCCUGAAGGGGACCAUGACGUUGAGAUGGAGGAUGAUAUGAAGCCUGAGGCCAUGGAGGGUGGGGAGGAAUCAGCUCCCACUGCUUCUGCCGAGGGCCCGACUGCUGAUGAAGCUAUGUCUACCAAGGAACUUGAACCUGAAGAUCCUGCCGCUGAGCCUACAGCUGCUGACGAGGCUAAAUCAAAUAUCAACAUAGCCUAUCAUCGCCACCCCACCCCGAUAUUGAGCGAUGAGGACCAGCAAUUGCCUUUGGCUCAGGGUGGAAUCCAGUGGUACAUGCAGCCUUUUGACCCCAUCGGUACCACUGUUCACGAGGAACGGUGGACAGGUCGAGAUGUUAUGCGUGGGAUGAGUGAGGAACUUAGCGAGUUGGACGAGGACGAACUCAAAGACUUAGUGGACGAUGAACUGGACCCGGCUACAAAAGCACCUGACACGGUGGACAAUCCACAAAAUGUCCGUCGCACUCGUCGGUUGCGUGGCUAG